AUGACAAAUCACAUGACUAAAGUGCUGACCAAUGCCAUGACCAAAGUGCUGACCAAGGUGGUGACCAAUGUGCUGCCCAAAGUGUUGACCAACGUGCUGACCAAAGUGCUGACCAACGUGCUGACCAAUGUCAUAACCAAAGUGGUGACCAAUGCCAUGACCAAAGUGGUGACCAAUGCCAUGACCAAAGUGCUGACCAAGGUGGUGACCAAUGUGCUGCCCAAAGUGUUGACCAACGUGCUGACCAAAGUGCUGACCAAAGUGUUGACCAACGUGCUGACCAAAGUGCUGACCAAUGCCACGACCAAUGCCACGACCAAUGCCACGACCAAAGUGGUGACCAACGUGUUGACCAAUGUGCUGACCAAUGCCAUGACCAAUGCCACGACCAAAGUGGUGACCAACGUGUUGACCAAUGUGCUGACCAAUGCCAUGACCAAGGUGGUGAACAAAGUGGUGACCUAUGUGCUGACCUAUGUGCUGACCAAUGUGCUGACCAAUGCCAUGACCAAUGCCAUGACCAACGUGCUGACCAAGGUGGUGAUCAAGUUGAUGGUUACGGCAGCGAUGACAUGGUUACGACAGCGGUGA